AUGACUGGCAAUCGAAACUUCAGAGUGAAUAUCGCCGAUAGGAAAGCUGGCCUGAUUUCUUGCAUGAUAAUAGAAAGUUUGGCAAUGAUAGUGGUUCCUACUUCGAUCAUGACGAAAAUGUCAGCAGAAUUUUUUACUUACCAUUAUUUGCCCUCGGGAGCAAAAUCUCAACUCUUAAAACUUCGAUUAUUUUCUGUUUCAUGGCGGGCAAAAAUAUUUCAUUAUGGCUCUAUAAGUCUUAUAACAGAGCCAUGCAAGUCAGCCCACAUUGCAGCAGCAAAGGACGCUGGUUUCCUUCUGUCCUAUGACUCUAACCUGAGGCUAUGGUCAUCGGCUGAGAGUGCCAGAGAAGGCGUUCUGAGCAUUUGGGAACUUGCUGAUAUAAUUAAGGUAAGUGAAGAAGAGAUCUCUUUCUUAACCAAAGGGGAAGAUCCAUAUGAUGAUGCUGUUGUUAGAAAACUAUUCCGUCCAAAUCUUAAAAUGCUUCUUGUCACUGAGGGUGCAGAUGGUUGCAGGUAUUACACAAAGGUAAGUGAAGACAUUUGUGCAAGUUGGGGGCCUGAUGCAGUGGACACUACGGGUGCUGGGGAUGCUUUUGUGGGUGGAAUAUUGUUACAGUUAGUUCCAUUAAGAAUUUACGAUAAUGAGCACCGAUUAAGAGAUGCUCUUAAGUUUGCUAACGCUUUGUGGUGCAUGACUGUGAAGGAGAGAGGCGCAAUUCCAGCUUUGUCGACGAAAGAAGUUGUGCAGAAUGCCAUCCUGAAGUCUGUAGCAUAUAUAAGGUUUCUUCAAGCUUUGGAUCUGUGAGUUAUGGGAGGCAGCAUAAAAUCUAGUUUGCUUAAAUAAUUCCAACAUUUGCUGGUCGGUUCACGCUGCUGUAAAUUUUCCAUAAGCUUACUAAUUUUGUGAUGUAUGAUGUCCG